AUGUUGAAGCUUAGCAGAAAAGCAUUAUUGCAUGGAACGACGAGCCUUUCGUCGAGCACUGCAGCAUCACAGCGCUUCCAUAGUGCUAAGACAGAGUAUACUGUGCCACAAAUACCUACGACGGCAGAUGUGGUUAUCAUUGGUGGCGGUUCGGCAGGAUGUCACACAUUGUAUCACUUGGCAAAGCGAGGCGUGAAGGCGGUGCUGUUGGAGCGUGCCAAGCUAACAGCUGGCACCACCUGGCAUACGGCGGGUUUGAUUUGGCGUUUACGGCCAAAUGAUGUGGAUAUAGAAUUGUUGAAUAAUUCACGAAAUAUGCUGACACAAUUGGAACAGGAUACAGGUUAUGAUCCGGGCUGGAUUCAGAAUGGUGGCAUAUUUAUUGCCCAUACGGAAAAACGACUAAACGAAUACAGACGACUGGCUUCGAUAGGCAAUGCAUUAGGCAUUGAGAAUUACAUACUCGGCCCCGAAGAAACACAAAAGCUGUUCCCACUCCUAGAUCCAAAAGCCUUCAUUGGAGCGCUCUAUUCACCAGGCGAUGGUGUUGUUGAUCCAGCUAUGCUGUGCACAGCUCUAACACGUGGAGCGGUGACGAAUGGUGGCCGAGUUAUUGAAAAUUGUAGCGUCACAGAUCUACUGGUCGAGGACACAGCCAAAGGCAAGAAGUUGAUUGGUGUCACCACGCCCUAUGGUAAUAUCAAAACAGAGAAGGUGGUAAACGCUACAGGCAUAUGGGGACGCGAUUUGGUGCAAAAGCAUGGCUCGCAUUUACCACUCAUCCCCAUGAAGCAUGCGUACAUUGUUUCCGAAUCUAUACCCAGCGUACGUGGUAUACCAAAUGUGCGUGAUCACGACUAUUCCACCUACUUUCGUAUACAAGGCGAUGCCAUAUGUAUGGGUGGUUAUGAACCGAAUCCCAUUCUUCUGGAUUCGGUGCCGGAAGAUUUUAAUUUUGGCCUAUACGAUUUGGAUUGGUCCGUGUUUGAUGUUCAUCUUAAUGGCGCAAUAAAAUUGUGUCCUUCAUAUGGUGAUUAUGGUGUGAAGAGCACAAUAUGUGGUCCGGAAUCGUUUACGCCCGAUCACAAACCACUAAUGGGACCAGACACACAAAUUAGCGGUUUGUAUCAUAAUUGCGGCUUCAAUUCGUCUGGCAUGAUGUUUGGUGGUGGAUGCGGUGAACAAACUGCGCUUUGGGUGAUUAACGGUAAACCAGAAUUGCCCUUAUACGGCUUCGAUUUGCGUCGUUUCACGCUCGCACAAAAUCGUGACACAGAAUGGAUACGCGAGAGAUCGCAUGAGAGUUAUGCGAAGAAUUAUAGCAUGGUAUUCAAGUACGAUCAGCCACUUGCCGGACGAAAUUUCCAGAAAGAUCCGCUACAUGACGAUAUGUUGGCGCAGAAUGCUUUUAUGGAAGAGAAACAGGGCUGGGAAAGGCCUGGAUUUUUCAUGAAACAGAAGGCGGACGUACUGCCUUAUGACUGGUAUGGCAAUUACGGUAAUACAAGACAUGCCAGUAGUGCAUACGAAGAAGUGCUCGAGGGGGACUUGAAGUACGCAAAGUUUUCUGAGCAUCACAAGUUGAUUGGUGAGGAGGCAUUGGCUUGCCGGAAUGCUGCAGUCAUCUUUAAUAUGUGCUACUUUUGUAAACUUAUUAUGGAGGGUCCAGACGCACAAAAGGCUGCUGAUUGGAUAUUUAGUGGUAACACAAGCCGAGACACUAAUAAAACCAUUUACACCUGCGUGCUCAAUAAAAGCGGCGGUGUGGAGGCUGAUGUUACCGUAACGCGUUUGAAUUCUGGCACUGGUGCUGCGUAUGAUCCCAAAUUUACCGGACAGGGAUACUACAUUGUGGCUGGUGGUGCCUCUGCUUUCUACACAUAUUCCACCUUACUCGCGGAGAUACGUGAAAAGGGCUUCAAUGUCACAUUACGCGACGUAACCACCGACUUGGGUGUUAUAUCCAUACAAGGUCCACGCAGUCGUAAUAUUCUUCAACGCAUUAUCGAUUGCGAUCUAUCGAAUGAGCAUAUACCGCCAAAUGGCACCCUCUUAGCUAAUGUGAAGUGCCCAUCAGCGAAUGGCAAGCAGGUGGGCUUACGCGUAUUGCGUGUUAGUUUUGUUGGCGAACUGGGCUAUGAAUUGCACAUACCAAAUGAAGAUUGCUCCGCUGUCUAUCAGUCACUGCUGGCGGUGGGUAGGCAAGAUGGUGUACGAAAUGCUGGUUAUCGUGCCCUCUAUUCGCUGAGCAGUGAAAAAGGCUAUCAUCUGUGGAGUUUCGAUUUAAGGCCUGAUGAUACGCCCAUCGAAGCUGGCCUUUCAUUCACAUGUCGCAAAAAUGGUGACUACAAAGGAAAAGUGGCGAUCGAGCGGCAGCGCAGAGAAGGUGUUAAGAAACGUUUGGUCUACUUGACACUGAACGAACAGGUGCCCAUUUGGGGUUUGGAAGGUGUGUAUCGUAAUGGUGAACCCGUAGGUUUUUUGCGACGCGCUGAAUAUGGUUAUGCGUUGGGGAAAUCAAUUGGCCAGACAUAUGUCAGUCGGAAGGAUGGUCAAGUUGUGAGUGAGGAUUACAUAAAAGAGGGCACGUAUGAGGUGGAUAUUUUAGGCAAACGAUAUAAGGCUGAAUGUCAUGUAAGAAGUCCAUUCGAUCCGAAAAGCAAGCGCAUAUUGGGUAUUUAUGACUGAGCGCUAGGGAAUAAAUUCCAUUAGGUAACACACAUAUCAAAAAUAAGUAUGUAUAUUGAGGUUAAGCACUAAAAAUAAAUUUAAAAAUUUAAUAUAACAUUUUUA